CGACCACGAAGCCAUAAACAAGAAUCGAAAUAAUAGAAAAACUCUUUCGUGGAAAUUAUUGUUAUUAAGUAUCUACAUUUGUACGUACUACACAAGUUUCUUGGCUAUUGUUAUAUUGCCUAAAGCACAAUCGCUUCCUUAUUGUUCGGGAUUCAUAUACAAAUCUACAAAUUAUCCGACAACAUACAAAAUUAUCGUAGUUACUUCACAAAGCUUCACUUUAUUACUCACACUUUAUCUAACAUAUUUGAGAAUGACCAACACCCAAGUUCAUUGGCACGAUGAAAAUAUAAGUCAAGAAACAGCAGACAAAAUAUCUCGAUUUCAAAGCUAUUCUGCGAAUGUUUAUGCUAGCUUUUGUGUAUUAUUAAAUACAUUAUUCCCAACAUUCCUAAUUACAAAACGUUAUCCGGUUAUGAAAGAAGAUAGUGGGGCGUUACUUGCAGGUAUAUGUACAGGUUUGUUUUCGAUAAGCAUAACAUGUCUGUCAGCUACUUUAGCUUUUAUUCCGAUUGGAACAACAUUCUUUAUGAUAAUAUAUUAUAAAUUGGAGGCAUUAUUUGAGGAAAUACAUUUCAUUCAUUCGCGACAGCUGCAAUAUAUUCGUAUCGUAAAGAACAUACAAACAGAAUACUCUAAGAUUGCGCUCGAAAUGGAAACAAUAAAUGACAUUGGAAGCAUAUUUACGUCUAUCUCUUAUGUAUUUGCUGUUUCCUACGUAGCUGCUACUGUUAUAAUUAUCCUGCACACGUCUUUGGAAGGAAAAUUUGUGUUUUAUCUUUCAUUAGUCGUAUCAUUUGUCUGUUUGAUCAUACUUUGCGUAACUGCUUCGAUAAUAUGUACAUCGUCUAGGAAAUGUCUGGAAGAGACUAGGUUCUUUGACUCUCUGAAUUUGCCAUUCAUCGAUAAAAUGCGGCUUUUGUGCUUUCUAAAGAGAUUGGGAUCCAGACAACUGGGAGUAGAAGUUUUGGAUUUCAUAAUUACUAAGGAAUUUGCUUACAGGAUAAUAAAAGCAACUUUUACUUUCUUCGGUACUCUGAAAACGUUAAAUGGUUUCGAACAGACCGAAGUCUGUCUUUCGGCCAAUGGCACUGAUAAGUUGAAUUUAAUGAUACAAAAUUUGACUUAAAUUGCAAUAUUUAGUGACAGUAUCCGAGUAUUUAAGGUAACCGAAGUAAAUUAUAACAAGUUUAA